AUGGGGAGCGGUGCCUUCACCCUGGUCCUCACCCUGGGCUUGGUGGCUUGCGUCACCCCUGCAGAGAGGAAGUGCCUCCUCUCCGGGUCAUGGCGCAGUGACACUGGCUGCAGGAUGGUUGUGUUCACCGUUGGCAAGGACGGCAGCUUCUCCGGUUCCUACCUGCCGGGAUCUGCUGCUGGCAAUUCCAAUAUCCUCUCCUCGCCUCUGAAGGGGUCCCAGCAGGAUGUGGGGCUGGUCCUGCAGCCCAUCUUCUCCUUCACCGUGCACUGGCAGCAUCGAGACUUGGACACAACCCAGAUGAGUGUAUUCCUGGGCCAGUGCUAUGUAGGCACCAAUGGGGAGGAGACCCUGCAUGCCCUAUGGCUCCUGCGAGAGGCAUCCGACAGCCCUGAAGAAGACUGGAAAGCCACACGGAUUGGCACCACCAUUUUCACUCGAAUAAGAUAA